CACCCCAUCACUAUUUGACCUUCGACCGAUCCAUCAUCCAUAAACGAUGGCGGCUUCGGCGUUGGAUUCCAUCGAUGGCUUGCGGGCACACCUCCCGGAUGAGAACGUUCUGCGUGAUUCGGACAUGUCUGCCUCGUCCGGCGAAGGAUCUCCCCGCCAUGAUGCUCAACAUAUCCCCGUGGCAGCACCGGACGCGCCGCCGGAACCGUCGAACCCGCGCGUUCGUUUCGCGCAGUCGCAUGCCCCUCCCGCCGCACCUGUGCCCUUGCCAAGCGGCAACAGCGCAGCAGCGGGAAGUUCCCGUGCGAGCACGAUGAUUGCAAUGUUGCAGCGGUAUGGGUACGACUUGGAAGACCUAGAUGAGACUUCUGGUGGCGACAUCACCACAACCAAUUCGGCAGGGAUCCUCCUCCUCCGCGAGCGCAAGAACCACCAGACAGCAUUCCACAUCGCCGUGAAGAAAGGACACGUGGAUGUGCUCAAGGCCCUCAUGAAACUGCCGCGGGCCGAGGAGUUUGUCAACGUCGGCGACAAGCACGGCAACACGCCGUUGCACUUCGUCGCUUCGAAAGACGCUUCCGCUGCGGAAUUGCAGACGUCCCUUGGCACGCUUCUCCUGUCGAUGGGCGCGAACCUCCACGCGACCAACGUGCGCGGCCAGACGCCGCUGGAAGUGCACAUCAUGACGGCGAAGGCCGACACGUCAGUGUUUGUCAAGCUCAUCUCGUUCCGUGGCAUGCAGCUCAACAACUUAGUCGGCAACGGCACUACGUACCUCCACAUGGCAAUCGUGGACCGGUCGUUCCCCGAUAUGGCCGGCGCACUUGUCAACGCCGGCGCGUCCAUCAACAUCCCCGACCACUCGGGCGUGAUGGUGUCGGACGCGAUCUCAAGGCAAACCCUCGUGCGUCUCACUAAGUUUAUGCGCGAAGGUACGCAGGCCCCCCCUGCGGACGUGCCGCGGCUGUCGUGCAAACUGUGCAAGAACCCUAAGUCCCUGCUGGAUGCCCUUCGAGAUUGCCACAUCUGUGGCCGCUCCAUGUGCCGCAACUGCUCGAAAAAGCUAGGAGAUAUCAAGGAUCCUGACCAAGCGGCCAGAGAAAAGCUCGACAAGGAAGCGCUCGCCGUGCGAUUGUGUGCGACCUGCUGCACUGUCACCCAGCUGCGAGACAAGAAGGUGGCCGAGCAAAAGAAGUUUGCCGAGUCGCUGUUUGGCAUGAACAGAGUGUAGCGGAGGCUCUUACUAGUAUAACGUUACUGGUAAUAUAUGCACGGCCAAGGAUUAAUACUACUGACACUGUAAUUAUGCUCAGAGCAUCUCGAGAGUAGUUCGUGC